CGACCAAGCAGGGAAGUGAAGGAAGGAGGCAGCACACGUCUCUUCGGAGACAUCCGAUAAAAAAAAUAUAUGAAGGAGACGGUUGUGAUCCAAGCCAUCGCGUUUCGUGACCCCUCAUCGAGCGAGGAGGCGGCGAGGUUGGGAAGCGAGCGAGCGAGCCCGAGAAAAUAAGAAUUCCUCAUGGCGACCGGCAACCUGGCAAGCGUGGUGGUGGCGGUGGACGGCAGCGAGGAGAGCAUGAACGCGCUGCGCUGGGCGCUCGACAACCUCCGCCUCCGCCCCGACGGCGCCCUCGUCGUGCUCCACGUCCAGCCGCCGCCCGGCAUCGCCGCCGGCCUCAACCCGGCACCCAUCCCCUUCGGCGGCCCCAGCGAGGUGGAGGUGCCGGCGUUCACGCAGGCCAUCGAGGCGCAUCAGCGGCGGAUCACGCAGGCGAUCCUGGAGCACGCGCUCAAGAUUUGCUCCGAUAAGAAUGUGGAGGUGAAGACGGAGGUGGUGGUGGGGGACCCCAAGGAGAAGAUCUGCGAGGUGACGGCCAACCGCAAGGCCGAUCUGCUCGUCAUGGGGUGCCGUGCAAUUGGGCCGCUCAAGAGGGUGUUCUUGGGAAGUGCGAGCAACUACUGCAUCAACCAUGUGGGCUGCCCUGUUGUCGUAACCAAGGGAACUUGAGCUACCCUCUAUCAACAUUCUUCAGUUCAAAUUUUUUGAGAUUGCUAUUGUGCUACUUGUGAUUUGUACCAUAUCACUGCACAUUUUGCAUUUGAAGACCAUGCAUCGUUUUGUCAGUUGGCACUGCUGAGCGAUGAGGGUUCAUACAUGGUCUGUAGAUUGUAAGGAAGUAAGCGUAUUGGUUGUGGAAUUGUGGAAAUAAAUCUGCCAUGUAGCACAUUGUUCUGUA